GCGGUUCAAUCACUGUCUACACGGGCCACGCAAGACUUAUGGACGGCGGCACCGGUGCCUUUUCUGGCAGGGACGGCGGAGCAGAACCUCCAGCGGAGGACCAACCUUACCAACAAACUUGCCAAACGCCUGUCCGGCAACGAGCGUGCGAAGGUCGACAUGGCCGUCGCUUUACAAGCUUGGUUCGGCUUUGUCAGCCAGCAUAUGCUUGGCCUUCUGGCGCAAGUCCGUGCAAUCGGACAACGGUUGGACGACGACACGGCCGUGGCUGCCAGGGAAAUGCGAGAGAUCCUUUCCGAGCAGCCCUCGGAGACCACAGCGGCUCAGGUGAACAAGGCUCUAGCUGCGGUGGGACCAAUCUGGUCAGAGCCUCAGGAACAGGAGGUACUGCAACUUGCUGCCCGCCUUCGCGCCUUUGGCACAGUUACAAUGCAACCAAUGGGCAACGUCGUGGCCAACCUCCGCUGGAGGGCUGCCACCAGGAGCGCCGCUUGUGGAGGAUGGUGUUCCUUCCGGUCGCACAAGCACGACGGAGUGCGGCUUGGAGCUCAUCUGGAUGUGGGCUCUGUGGCAAGCUUUGGUGCCACGGACGAAGAUCUCCUGGGCCUCGACGGCUCAGGCGAUCCAGCCAUACCGAUCCUCGCCACGGAGUUACCUGGCGUAUCUACUAUGGAUGUUCGGGCCCCGGCGGCAAUGCCGCCGCCUCUGAUUCCAGCUGGUGUAGAUGCGACAGCGUUACCUGUUUCUACAGGUGGCAGAUGGAGGAAGCGAAGUGGUGGCCACACGGAGAGGCCGUCCAAAAGCCCACGUCGGGAGGUCGACACGGGCACGCCGUGGCCAUCCUUGAAGACAGGUCGCACACCGGACAAAGCGCCCAGGUCUUCGCUUCUGGCCGCCGUGGAAGACGAAGCGGAGCUGAUCCCGGCGGAGCGCGAGCCCCCACGCACUUGGGAGCAGGCAUGGACUGCUCUUUUGCAGUUUGCAGUUUCCCAGGGAGGAGAACGUGUGGGCGAACUUGCUUCUUGCCCCGAACAAGAUGCGAUAGUCUGUCCUGUCCACAACGCCGAGAAAGAAAGCGAGGUCUUGACACACUGUGGAGCGGUGUUGUCAGCCACCUGCCCCAAGGCCUUCUCGUCGCAGCGCAUGAGCUUCACGGCCUUUUCCGGAGUGUUCUGGCCCUCCGAUGGGAUUUGGCCGGUCAGUGCUGCGCGGGGCCAGCCAGUCUUUUCAACAGGGUUCCAGCACCAAUGCGUGACAUCGGGGUCUUUGCCCCGUCUUUGGCGCACUGCCCUCAGGUCUGCAGACAGCGGAAUGGAGUUGGCGCCGCCAGGUGGAAACACUGCCUUCACUCCCACCGGAGCAGUACGUUCUUACCGAGCUCACCCUCCCGUGGUUCCGGAUCCGUGCGCAGCGAUAAUCCGGGACGCGGCUGUGCAGCAAGGCAUACACGUUGAUGUGAACAACUGCCUAUGUCGGAGACGCAUUGCAAGUGUGGCCUACGGACGUGUUUUCCACGAGCCUUUCGCUGCCAG